AUGGCUGAGGCAAUUCUCGAUGUCACUGAUAACGGUCUGUCGCAGCGCCAGGCUUCUCAGAAAGGGGGGAUACCCCAGAGUACUACUUCCAGCAGAAUGCGAGGUCGGUCGGCAUUAACUGACCAGGAACAGCCUGAAAAACUCUUAUCCAGAGACCAGGAUGCCAACUUGGUUGCCUGGACUCUUCUCCAAGAAUCUCUGGGUUACGCUCCGUCCCAGAGUCAAAUCCGCGCCUGCGUUGUUGCCCUUCUGAAACAGCAAGGCUGCGACUCAAGAUUGGGACGUCAUUGGGUAGAAAAGUUCAUUCAACGCCAUCCGGAACUUAGAAGCAAGGCCGGUAGGCGUCAGGAAGCCAACAGAUUUGACUCAUUUACUCCCAAAGCCGUGCACUGGUACUUUGACAUCAGGGAGAUGGAGUACGGGUGGAUCAAGCCGGAGAACACGGUGAAUGUUGAUGAAGGAGGGAUUAUGUCGGGCUUUGUCUGGUGGUUGGCAGUUCGGACCCCAAACGGAAGACUCUUCUCAAGGGACCCCAGUCCCGAAGUUGGACCACUUUAUAGAGGCCAUCACCGCCGACGGGCGCGCCUUGACUCAGGCAUCAUAUUUAAGGGUAAAUACCUUCAGGCACAGUGGUUUAAAGAGGAGUUUCGAAGAUUUGCGGACUGGCACUACAUAACUUCACCAAAUGGAUGGACGGACAAUCACAUUGCCGUUGAAUGGCUUGAGGAAGUCUAUUUGCCUCAGACGCGGCCUGACGACGACUCUGAGACCAGGCUUAUCAUUCUGGAUAGACAUGGGAGUCAUGCAACGCCAUUAGACAACGGUGUUUUCAAUGCUAUAAAGACAGCCUACCGGAAGGAGCUUGACAGACUGGCUUCUUUGACGGAUUCCACGCCUGUUGACAAGGUCAACUUUAUACAGUCUGACAUUCACAGCGCCCUUGAGGCAAUCGCCAAUGGCGGAUCCGCCAAGAAGGCUGCUCGCGAUUGGGGCGUCGAGGGCAACUCUUACAAUCGCAUGCAUGGUCACGAAUGCAGAAAGGAUGCAUUUUCUGCUCUUCAGAGGCUUUCUCAGACACAGGAAAAGCAACUUACCGAAUGGAUUCUCAUUCAGGACGCCUUGGGCCUUCCUCCCACUCACUCGCAGAUCAGGCAGUUCGCGCAGCGCAUGCUCGCCGUCAAAGGAGACCACACACCGCUCGGAAAACACUGGAUGCAAGCAUUUUUAAGACGAAAUCCUGCAGUUCGGACCCAGAAGUGCCAUCACAGAGACUCUGCGCGUGUCAACGGCGCUUCUACCGAGGUAAUUCGGCCUUGGUUCAACAAUUUCUUCCUUCCCGAGAUUCUGGCUAUUAAGCCGGAGAACAGGUACAACAUGGAUGAAGCAGGCAUCAUGGAAGGACUUGGGGAGAAUGGCCUGGUCGUUGGCAGUGCUGAAAACGAUCUGUACAAAAGAAGACGCCUGGUUCUCGGGUCUGGACGUCGUUCAUCGAGUGCGUGUCCGCUGCCGGCACCUUCCUCCCUCCACUCGUCAUUUUCAAGGGCAAAUCGGUCCAGCAACAGUGGUUCCCAGAAGAUCUCAGUACUUUUAGUGACUGGCAAUUCCUGCGACAAAGAACGGCUGGACUUCGGACCAAACUGCGGUGGAGUGGCUCGAAAAGGUGUUCAUUCCAAGAACCCAGCCACCCGACCCUUCGGAGCGAAGACUGCUAAUUCACCUUCUUUUCUUACCUCCUCUCAUGUGCUGCAACCGCUCGAUUUGUCUGUCUUCUCCGCUCUUAAGCACUACUACCGCAAACAGGUCGGAUUUCUCAGCCUCCUGACCGAUUCAAGCCCAGUCGGCAAGCAAAACUUUCUUUCCUGCUACCAGAAAGCACGCGAGCAAGCGCUCACUGUGUCAAACAUCAAGGGUGGCUGGAAAGCGACGGGUUGUGGCCGGUGUCGAUGGCGAAGCCACUUUGAGCCCUCUUCUGCUGGAGAACAGCAACAGACGCAAAAGAACGCGAAAAUGUGGCCAAUGCAUUCAAUAGCCACUUACCCACCAGUGACUGGCAAUCAGACACAUCCCAGAUUGCGUGGUCGACCCCGAGGCGCUCGCAAGAUCUGA